UCUUCGUUGGCAACGGCCACAAGACAGACUGUCAGAGCCAAAAAAAUCUCAGAAGAAGAAGAAUCCUCUUUGUUCUCAACUAUUGAGAAUUCCAAAUCAGAUGAAAAAUGACACAACCAAUGGAAUCAUCAACCAAAGAAGCUGGAGCAGUUGUUAUAACUGAGCAAGAACGUGAUUUAGCUCAGAGUGCACUUGCAGAAUUCCAGAAAAGAUCCUACGGCUCUUGUUUGACGUACCUAAAUAAAUUGGAAACACUCAGGCCGAAGGAUUUAAAAGUAAUGCAUAAUAAAGUCAUUGUGGAGUAUUACAAAAAUGACUUGAAGAAAACAGAACUAGCUGGAAAGAGUUUAAAUGCUAUUUGCGGAGCACCAACAACUGUUGAUUCACCUUCCGACAGUCCGGAUGAUGUUGAAAAAUGUGUAAUGAGAUUUAAUCAAGCUGUUUUACUCUAUCACACCAGACAGGACGAAUUAUCACUGCAAAUACUCACCAGAUUGUUCACAUUUGUUGAGCCCAUGGAAGAAAAUUUGGCGUGGAAUGUUUGUUUACUUCUGAUUGAACUUCACAUUGUCACAAAUCGUUUAGACGCUGCUCUUUCUCUCAUAAAUUACGUCGAAAGUCAAUUCAUCUGCAGUACAGACUCGUCGAAAUUGACUUCAUCACCUUCGACACCAUCUGGGGAGAAGGACGGGCCAUCGAAGAAUAUUGUGAUUAAAGAACUGAAGGAGAGAAAGAAAGACAGUAUUGAUUCAACGAAUGAUCUAUUCAGGAUAAAAUUAUUAAAAUAUAAAGCCAGGGUAUAUCUCUUGCUUCAACAACCGAAAUUAUGUAGAAAGGAGUGGAAGCUCCUUGUCUCAUUGGGAACACCUGUGAAUAUUUCAACAAUGUUCCUUAAAGCUCAUCUGGAGUACAUGAGAGGAAAUUUCAAGAAGUCACUGAAGCUUCUGAAUUCGGCGUCGGAUAAUUUAGAAUAUAAAAUCUGCGGAGAAUCAGCAGCUGUUCUGUAUUAUAACAACGUGGCAUGCAUAAAUUACGCGAACGGAAAGCCAAAUUUAGCGGCAUUUUAUUUUCAAAAGGCUCUCGAGGAAAACAAGAAAGCAAUGGAAAGUGUUCGAGUGAGAGAUGCCGAUCCAAUAUCCUCUCAAGCCUUAUUCACCUUAGGAGGUGAUCGACAUUACGAAUUGAUGUUCGGUCUGGGUGUAUCGUUGCUUCAAGCGGGACAGGCAACAAAAGCUUUUGAUUGUUUCACCGAAGCUGCACAGAGGCUCCACAACAGUCCAACCUUGUGGUUAAAAUUAGCCGAGUGCUGCAUCUACUGCCAUAAACCCUCAAACGAAAUAGAUUUUGAUAUUCCCAAGAGACGUGAGGAUAUGGUCCAGAAAGUCGUCGGUUGUGGGGUACACAGAAAAAUAAUUCUAGCAUCAGCACUGAAUAAAGACCCGAGGUAUCACGCUGAGAAUCUCUCGUACGCAAUUCCACAGCCAACUUUACAAUUUGGAAUGUUAUGUUUAAAAAAUGCAUUGUUUACCCUGCGGGAAGAGGAACCCUCAGCACGAACUAUCAAUAUACCAUCCCAACUCAAUUCCUCAGCCUCUUCAGGGGUGACAACUGGUCUUCAGCCCUCAAUUGCAUCACUGGCAUCACCAGGUCAUAUUCUAGGAAAUCCACCAGCGGCUUCAGUCAAUCGGGUUACAUCUGAAGUAACAGCUGUCGAAUCUUCAAAUCUGAAAAUAGCAAUUCUAGGAGCUUCUGCCUACGUGUCGUUAUGUCUGGGAGAUUACAUCGCAGCAUUGGAGCACUCGAAAUCACUUCUGGCGAUUGAAAAAAUUCCUGGUGCCUACAGAAUGCUGGGAAAUCUCUACGCAGCCGAGUGUUUAAUUCUCAUGGAUAAAAUUAAUGAAGCUAUUGAUCAUCUCAGGUUACAGAAUCUCGAGGAGUUAGACACAUGUAUACCUGUCCCAGAUGCACUGGAUCCAGAUAAAACUGUAGAAUCAAUUGUUAAUACCAAAAAAUGGUUUCCCACGAGUCUGGUGACAGCAAAAGCAAUUCUUCGAUAUAAUUUAGCAGUUGCUUAUGCAACUAGAGGAGAACUAGAUAAAUCCAGUGAAAUUCUCAAACAAGUUUGGGUAUCGAAAGGGCCAGACUGUGAUGUACCAAUACACGUAAUAAUGCUAGCACUUUACAUUGAACUUCAAAAAGGUCAUGUUGACAUUGCAAGAUCAAUAGUGAAGCUGCACUGCCCCCAAUACUGAAGCUGAGAUUGAAUAUUGAAUAAACAAUCAUGUAUAUUUUCAUUUAUUGUAAAUCUAACAAUCAAUUUGGAUACCUUUAGAGGUGAGAUGAUAUUUUGUAAUAAAGGAUUUAUCGAAAUCCAGAUAAUCGUAGAAAUCAUGAAGUAAAGUUUAAUGUUUUGGAUAAA